AUGCAGGAGAACAAUCUGACUGGGGCCAUUGAAUUUUUCAUCUUAGGAUUUCAAGGUGGUCAACUUUUAAGAAUGUUACUGUUCUGUCUUAUCCUUGUUGUUUACUGUGGGACAAUAUGUGGGAACCUCCUGAUCAUCACCUUGGUGUCCACCAGCAAGAACCUCCACACUCCAAUGUACUUCUUCAUUUCACAACUGUCCAUCAGUGACAUCUUAUUACCCACAAAUAUUGUCCCCAACAUGCUUCACAUCCUGCUGAAUAAUGGAGGAACCAUUACUUUUAUAGGCUGCUUUACUCAGUUUUAUUUUUUCGGUGCAAUUGAAGCAUUUGAGUGCUUCCUUCUCACAGUGAUGUCUUAUGACAGAUAUGUGGCCAUCUGUAACCCCCUUCAGUAUUUCUCUAUCAUGACAAAUCCAUAUUGCAUGAAGCUGACCAGUAUCUGCUGGCUUUUAGGCUUUUGUCUGGUAUCGAUUUACACUAUAACAAUGUCAACGUUAAUGUUUUGUGAACCGAGCACUAUCAACCAUUUCUUCUGCGAUUAUGUUCCUCUCCUAGAAAAUGCCUGUUCGGACACCUUUAUUGUUAAGUUAGAGGUUUAUUUGCUAAGCGUUCCCUUAGUUGUCAUCCCAAGCAGCAUUAUUAUACUGUCUUAUGGAAAGGUUAUUUCCACCAUAUUACAGAUUCCCACCAAUACCGGUAGACAGAAAGCCUUCUCCACCUGCAGCUCCCACCUCAUUGUGGUCUCCAUCUUCUACUGGACAAUAUUUUGUGUUUAUAUUUUUCCAACAAGAGGGCAAACAUUGCUCAUCAGUAAAAUCCUAUCACUGUUGUACACUGUGUUUACUCCAUUCAUCAACCCUGUGAUAUACAGCUUGAGGAAUAAAGAUAUUAGGACAUAUUUUAGGGAAAUGGGUAAAAAAACAUGUUUUCUACAACUGUCUAUAGAAUGA